GGUGAUUUGGAGAAUUCGGAUGAACACUGCUUCCGUCUCCGGGGAAAUGGCCUGUGCGCGGACGCGGGGAGGGGCGUGCACGGCCCCCACCCAGGGCGCCACCGCAGAUCCGCUCCUGCGCUUCCGGAAGACCGGGCCCCUCCUGUAGCAGAGCUUGGACUGGUCAUCGGGGAGGCGAGGGACCGCGGGGGCCUGGCCUCUGCAGCAGAGUCUGCCCAUCGGAGCCACCAGGGCCUGAAUGGUGGUCGCCAGGCAGUAGACAGAGUGACCCCGAGCAGCCCGGAUUUCACGGGUCCUGCAGGGAGGAGGCCCAGAUCCUGAGCGUUUGCUCCCCGGGGGAGCGCCCUGAAGGAUCUAGUGCCCCGGAUGCCCUGGUUAGUGCUCAGAGCCAGCGUCCAGCGUCUUCUUACUGCCUCUGCUGCCCAGAGGUGCUGCCCAUCAGGGACCCGCAGCUCCUGGGAGGAUGGUGCGGAUCUUGGCCAACGGGGAAAUCGUUCAGGAUGAUGACCCCCGAGUGAGGAACACUGCCCCGCAGAGGGGGAGCACCCCGAGGCAGGGCUUUCUCAACAGGGGCCAUGGUGCCCCCCAUGGGGGUCCUGGUCCCCGCCAGCAGCAGGCAGGCGCCAGGUUGGGUGCCGCCCAGUCCCCCUUCAAUGACCUCAACCGGCAGCUGGUGAACAUGGGCUUCCCCCAGUGGCAUCUGGGAAACCACGCUGUGGAGCCUGUGACCUCCAUCUUGCUGCUCUUCCUGCUUAUGAUGCUCGGAGUUCGUGGUCUCCUGCUGGUGGGCCUCGUGUACCUGGUGUCCCACCUGAGCCAGCGGUGACGUCCGGGGCUGACGGGACAGGCGUAUUGAAAGGGACUUGCUGGGCCUUGGUUUGAGAGCAGGCACGUGGGGAGGGGACCUGGUGGGCCUUGAAGGUGCAAUCAGCCCUGGGUGUGGGUCUCCCCAUUAUAUUAAGCAUGGCACAGAGGUAGACUCUAGCCCAGCAUCCCAAAGGAUGGGGCGGGUACUCUGGUUGUCUGGAGAUGUCUUCAGGUGGUGUCAGGCCUCUAAGAGGCACAAACCCAGAGCAAGAAAAAAAUUGUCUUUCCAGUUCCCUUUAAUCCUUUUAUGCUGAGAAGAGAGUCAACUUGGUGCCAAUGUGUUGUGAAUCCUCGUAACUCAAGCUGACUGCCCUUUACCAGGGGGCAGGACUGGGCUUAGGGCAGAUGUGAGAAGUUUCCAGACUUUUAUAGCACUGUUUUGUUUUAAUGAUGUAUUUUUAUUGGCUACCUUUUAUUUAUGACAAAGGGUUCUUGCGUGGGUUCUAUUUAUUGUGACGUUUCAAUAAAUAGAUUUAAGUAAAAAUGA